AUGGACUAUAAUAGGAUGAACUCCUUCUUAGAGUACCCACUCUGUAACCGGGGACCAAGCGCCUACAGCGCCCCAACCUCUUUCCCUGCCAGCUCAGCUCCUGCGGUUGACAGCUACGCAGGCGAGGGCCUCUAUGGUGGGGGUCUGCCCAGCCCCGCGCUUCAGCAGAAUCCGGCCUAUCCCACCCAGCAGCCACCUUCAACGCUGGGGGUGCCCUUUCCAAGCUCCACGCCCUCGGGGUACGCCCCAGUCGCCUGCAACCCGAGCUAUGGGCCUUCUCAGUAUUACCCUAUGGGUCAGUCGGAAGGAGAUGGAAGCUAUUUUCACCCAUCGAACUACGGAGCCCAGCUAGGGGGGUUGCCCGACGGCUUUGGAGCGGUUGGAGUCGGCCUGGGGCCCUACCCUCCUGCGCAGCCCCCUUAUGGGAACGAGCAGACAGUGAGCUUUGCACCUGCAUAUGCCGAUCUCCUCUCUGAGGACAAGGAAUCUCCCUGCCCGUCAGAACCAGGCACUCCCACAGCCCGGACGUUUGACUGGAUGAAGGUUAAGAGAAACCCGCCUAAGACAGCGAAGGUGUCCGAGCUGGGUCUAGGCCCACCCGCUGGCCUCCGCACCAACUUCACCACGCGCCAGCUGACCGAACUGGAGAAGGAGUUCCAUUUCAACAAGUACCUGAGCCGGGCCCGGAGGGUGGAGAUCGCCGCCACCCUGGAGCUCAAUGAAACGCAGGUGAAGAUUUGGUUCCAGAACCGGCGCAUGAAGCAGAAGAAGCGGGAGCGAGAGGGGGGCCGGACGGCCCCAGCCCCAUUAGGCUGCUCCAAAGAAGCUGUCGGAGACAUCUCCGACCAGUCCACGUGUACCUCCCCAGAAGCCUCACCCAGCUCCAUCACCUCCUGA